AGAAAAAUAAUUUGAUUUUGGUCAAACGUGAUUACGCAUCUAUGCGUAUAAGAGAAUGAACUAAUUAGAACAUUUAAAGAUAAUAAUUAAGAACAACGGAGGUACAUAUUAUAUCAGUAGGCAUUUUAAUUAUCGUAGUGGGGAUACUGCGGUUAGUAAGUUGGAUGUUGCACGUUAUAUAAAAAGACGUCAAACAUCUCUGAUCGCCAGUAAGGCUUUGGUUUAACUUGGAAAUCGAUUGUAGUAAGUGAAAGGCGCUAUAGAUUUUCAACAUAUAAAACGCUCAAGAUGUCUAACGAGGAACCAUUGAUCGUUGACAUGGCUUACAUGUACGAGAAAGAAAAUGCCAGAGCACAUCGUACUAUCAAUUACGAAAUGAUUCAUUCGGAAAAUCCAACACCAAUAUUACGACGAGGUCAAGCUUUCAACUUGGCAUUGAGAUUCAAUCGUGAAUACGUGGAUGAAACUGAUAUUGUCAGACUAUUGUUCAGUUUCGGUCCAAAUCCAAAUGUAAUGAAGGGUACUAGAGGAGUCAACACGAUAACCAAUCGAGACACGUAUUUAACCGAUUUAGAAGCAUGGGGUGUAAGAAUGGUAGCGGUCAGUGGAAUGGAUUUAUCAGUUGAAGUUAGAAGUCCAAUUGAUAGUCCAAUUGGUGUAUGGCAAUUGAACGUGGAGACAACGACUCUUGGAAGAAAAGAACCACCGAACACGUAUCACUAUGAAAAAGACAUAUACUUGCUGUUCAAUCCUUGGCUAAAAGAGGAUCUGGUCUUCAUGGAGGACGAACAACUUCUCGACGAAUACGUUAUGAACGACGUUGGAAAGAUAUGGGUUGGUCCAUGGGGAAGUUCUCGUGGCAGAGAAUGGGUCUUUGGCCAAUUCGACGCAUGCGUUUUACCAGCUUGUCAAUUGUUAUUGGAAAGAUCGGGUAUUAAAGCUGUGUCCAGAGGAGACCCUAUCAAAAUGUGCCGUGCGAUAUCAAGAAUCAUAAAUUCGAACGACGAUCAAGGUGUUAUAACUGGUCGAUGGGACGGCGAUUACGAAGAUGGUACGGCACCAGCAGCCUGGACUGGAAGUGUUCCGAUAUUAGAACAAUUUUUAGAAACAAAGGACGAAGUAAAAUACGGACAAUGUUGGGUAUUCGCUGGUGUGGUGACAACCGUUUGUCGAGCACUUGGAAUACCAUCAAGAGUCGUAUCAAAUCUCGUAUCGGCUCACGACGCAAAUGCCUCGUUAUCGGUCGAUCGUUAUUACAAUGCUGAUAACGAGGAACUCGAAUAUGAUCCUAAUAAUUUGGAGGGCGAAGAUUCGAUUUGGAAUUAUCACGUUUGGAACGACGUUUGGAUGGCUAGGCCUGAUUUACCUAAGGGUUAUGGUGGUUGGCAAGCGAUAGAUGCUACACCGCAGGAACCAUCGGAUAGCUUUUAUCAAUGUGGACCAGCCUCCGUCGAAGCUAUAAGACAAGGUGCCGUUGGUUACAACUUUGACGUUACUUUUAUGUUGGCUUCGGUUAAUGCCGAUCUUAUGAGAUGGAAGGAAGAUCCAGAAAGCGAAUUAGGAUACUCCAAGAUCGACUGUAACAAAUAUCAUAUCGGUCGAAUGAUCCUGACAAAAGCACCAUGGAUCUUUGAUCCAAACGGUGACAAGGAUAGAGAGGAUAUAACGUCUCUCUACAAAGCUAAAGAAGGCACGGAGGCAGAGAGACUGACCUUGUACAGAGCAAUACGUAGUACAGACAGAGCAAAGAAAUUUUAUUCCUUGCCAGAACCAAACAAAGAAGACGUCCAAUUUGAUCUAGUUGAUCUCGAACGUGUUAACAUAGGAGAACCAUUUGCAGUUACCGUGAAUAUAAAAAACAAAUCAAAUAAACCAAGAACGAUACAAGCUAUAUUGUCCGCAGGCAGUGUUUACUAUACCGGAGUCAAGGCUAACUUGGUAAAAAGAGCCUCCGGUGAUUUCGUUCUUCAACCUAAUGCCAGCGAACAAUUAAGAUUGACAGUUACCGUGGACGAUUAUCUGGAUAAAUUGGUAGAGUAUUGUAUAAUGAAACUCUACACGAUCGCUACUGUCAAAGAAACGAAACAAACUUGGGCCGAUGAGGAUGAUUUUCAAGUUCUCAAACCUAAUAUCACUGUCAAGAUCGAAGGUGAACCGAUGCUUGGAAGACCGUCGACCAUAACGCUUAGCUUUAAGAAUCCUUUGAAAAGAACAUUAACUAAUUGCAAAUUUAAUUACGCUGGUCCUGGAUUAGCCAGAAACAAGAUUUUACCUUUCAGAGACGUCGGACCAUUGGAAGAAGUUUAUGUGGAACAUCAAUUGGUUCCACAAAAACCUGGAGAACAAAAGAUCGUAGCCACGUUUGCUUCGAAAGAAUUGAUCGAUAUCACUGGAGCGGCUACGAUCGAGGUCUUGGAUGAGGAUUGAAAAUUUAAUAUAUCAAAAAAAAAAAAAAAAAAAAAAAAAGAAUCAUCUUUUCUUCUUCCUUUUUUUUUUAGUUUUUGUAAAUAAGAAAGAUAAGUUGAAAAAAGAAGCCGUGAUAAUAUCACAGUAGUACAUACUUUUAUAAAUUUUUUUUAAACGAGAUCGCAAUUAAAAUGAAAUUUCAUAAUCCAUAAAAUUAGGAGAAUGUAAUCGUAUAUUUAAAUUAAUGCGUAAGUGCAACAUGUAUAAUCUUCGUUAAUAUUAUCUUGUUUCUUAGUUUUAACAAUUUUUCAAUACACACAGACACACACACACACAUAUAUAUAUAUAUAUAAACGAUGUUAGUAUUAUAAAAAAAAAUAUGUUGAAAUUUUUUAAUCUUUAUUACAAACAAAACGUGAAAGAAAAUACGAGAGAAACGAAUCUAAUAUGAAAAUCUAACGAGAGCUUCUGUAAGAACAAAAACGAAAUUAAUUAUUUAUUAAUUAAACAAACGUUUAAGAAAUAAACCAUGGUUCACAGGUAACAGAAAAGUUCAAACAAAAAAAUACGAAGAAACAUAUAGUAAAAUAGAUAAGAAGAAGCAAGCCUUCUCUAGAAAUAAUUAAAUCAUUAUAAUCAUUCGAUUCGAUAUUUUCGUUACAAAAUGUAAAAUAUGUUUCUUUAUCGGAAUACUUCAUUAUCUCUAAGCGUUGAUCUUUUAUACUCAAAACAUUUGAUGAUACUUUCUUAAUGGAAUCUGAUAUUGUUUUCGUAUCUCUCUCUUUCAUGUCGUUAGAAUUUUUAGUUGAAAGAAAUAGGUAAUUAUCAGUCUGAUCGGAUUCAUUGUCGGAUGAGGAAUGAUCGGUUGUUCUUAAUUCAUAAAAAAUAUGUUCGACAGAA